AUGUUUCUGACUAAGGUGCAUUAUCACGAGCAGUACGAUGGCUGCACUCACGUGAACGACAUAGCAAUAAUAGAACUUGACGAAAAUGUUCCGGAGUCCGAGGCGACACCGAUUUGCAUGCCGACUAGAUAUCAAGCGAUUAACACUGGUCUCAUUGCAGUGGGAGCUGGCUCGAGGGGUCCCAAUAUCACGGAAAUCUCCCAGAGUCCAGUUGGUUUACAGGAGCUGAAUGUCACAUUCCUGCAAACACGGAACAAGGUUAUUGAUGUGUUAUUGCCUCUAAAAGCAGGAAUAUGUCCCGGAGACAGUGGAGGUGCGCUCAUUCAAACUAACGGUGAUAACAGAUUCAUACAGUUGGGUGUGACGUCUUAUAGCACUUCUUGUGCAAAUCGUAAGUUGUAA